CACUCUUCUGAGCGAUCAUCUCCUCCGGUGUUGCUGCUCCCUGACCCCUGUCUCAGGGAGACGGUGACAUUCAAGGAUGUGGCGGUGGUCUUCUCGGAGGAGGAGCUGGCGCUGCUGGACCCUGCCCAGAGGAAGCUGUAUGGAGACGUGAUGCUGGAGAACUUCAGGAACCUGAUAUCUGUGGGUGAGCACAGGCACUCUAUGGCCGACUCAUUUAAUGUCUGUCAAAACAGAAAGAUAAGUCUUCAGUUGUCCAUUUCUUUGCAUUCUGUCUCUACAGGAGGAAAGAUCCAAAGUAAGAUGAAGACUGUUUUAGAAACAGAACCAUCUGAAGAGCUUUCCUGCUGGCAGAUCUGGCAACAGAUUGCAAUUGACUUAACCAGGUGUCAGGGCUCCAUGAUAAAGAGUUCUCAGCUCCCCAAACAAGGUGAUUCACCCGGACAGGUUGGGGCAGGACAGUCUGUAACUCACACAGGCCAGAAACCUGAUCAGUCUAGUGAACUUAAGAAAUAUUUCAGUGAUGUCUCCAGCCUUGAUCUUCAUCAACAAACACACUCAGGAGUGAAGUCUCAUAUAUGUCGUGAGUGUGGAAAAAGCUUCUGUUAUAGUUCAGCACUUCAUAUUCACCAGAGAGUUCAUCUGGGAGAGAAACGCUACAAGUGUGAUGAGUGUGGUAAGGAAUUUAGCCAGAGCUCAUGUCUGCAAACUCAUCAGAAAGUUCACACUGUGGAGAAGCCGUUCAAAUGUGAGAAGUGUGGGAAUGGCUUCUGUCGUAGAUCAGCACUUAAUGUUCAUUAUAAAUUGCACAUGGAGGAGAAACCUUAUAACUGUGACCAAUGUGGAAGGGCCUUCAUUCAUGCUUCACAUCUUCAGGAACAUCAGAGAAUCCACACUGGGGAGAAACCCUUCAAAUGUGAUAAAUGCGGUAAGAAUUUCCGACGUAGAUCAUCGCUUAAUAGUCAUUGUAUGGUCCACACAGGAGAAAAACUGUUCAAAUGUGAGGAGUGUGGGAAGUGUUUCUUUUGUAGCUCAAAUCUUCAUAUCCACCAGAAGGGCCACACACGAGAGAAACCUUAUAAGUGUGAGGAGUGUGGGAAGGGCUUCAUUCAGCCUUCGCAUUUUCGGGCCCAUCAGAGAAUCCAUACUGGAGAGAAACCAUAUGUAUGCAAAGUGUGUGGUAAAGGCUUUACUAUGAGUUCAAAUCUUCAGGCACAUCAGAGAGUCCACACAGGAGAGAAACCAUACAAAUGUGAUGAGUGUGGGAAGAACUUUGGUACAAAAACCCGUUAUCAAGUUCAUCUGGUAGUCCACACGGGAGAGAGACCCUAUAAAUGUGAGGUAUGUGGGAAGGACUUCAGUCAAAGAGCAUAUCUUCAAUCCCAUCUAAAGACCCACAGUGUAGAGAAACCUUACAAGUGUGAGGAGUGCGGGCAGGGCUUCAAUCAGAGUUCCCGACUUCAGAUUCACCAGCUGAUCCAUACUGGUGAGAAACCACACAAAUGUGACGAGUGUGGGAAGGGAUUCAAUCGUAGAGCAGAUCUCAAAAUUCAUUGCAGAAUCCACACAGGAGAGAAACCGUUUAAUUGUGAGGAGUGUGGGAAAGUAUUCAGGCAGGCUGCAAAUCUUCUGGCCCAUCAGAGAAUCCACAGUGGAGAGAAACCAUUCAAAUGUGAAGAGUGUGGGAAGAGUUUCGGUCGCAGUUCACACCUCCAAGCCCAUCAAAAAGUCCACACUGGGGAAAAGCCGUACAAAUGUGAGGAGUGUGGGAAGGGCUUCAAGUGGAGCUUGAAUCUUGACAUGCAUCAGAGGGUCCACACAGGAGAGAAACCGUACAAGUGUGGGGAGUGUGGUAAGCACUUCAGUCAGGCCUCAAGUCUGAAGGUUCAUCAGAGUGUUCACAGUGAAGAGAAACCAUACAAAUGUGAUGUGUGUGGCAAGGUCUUCCGCCACUCUUCGCAGCUGCAAUCUCAUCAGCGGGUUCACACGGGGGAGACACCUUACAAGUGUGAGACGUGUGGUCAGAGCUUCCGAUGGAGCUCACUUCUGCAAACCCAUCAGAAAGUCCACACUGUAGAGAAGCCAUUUAAAUGUGAGGAGUGUGGGAAAGGCUUUGGUCGUAGAUCAGCACUUACUGUUCAUUGUAAAGUCCACACAGGAGAGAAACCUUAUCAUUGUGAGGAGUGUGGAAGGGCCUUCAGUCAGGCCUCUCAUCUCCAGGACCAUCAGAGAGUCCACACUGGCGAGAAACCAUUCAGAUGUGAUGCAUGUGGCAAAAGCUUCAGUCGGAAUUCACAUCUUCAGUCCCAUCAGAGAGUCCAUACGGGAGAGAAACCAUACAAAUGUGAGGAGUGUGGGAAGGGCUUCAUUUGUAGUUCAAAUCUAUACAUUCAUCAGAGGGUCCACACAGGAGAAAAACCCUACAAAUGCGAGGAAUGUGGUAAAGGCUUUAGUCGCCCUUCAAGUCUUCAGGCCCAUCAGGGUGUUCACACUGGAGAGAAAUCCUACAUAUGUAAUGUGUGUGGUAAAGGCUUUACUCUGAGUUCAAAUCUUCAAGCCCAUCAGAGAGUCCACACAGGAGAGAAACCAUACAAAUGUGAUGAGUGUGGGAAGAGUUUCAGGAGGAACUCCCAUUAUCAAGUUCAUCUGGUAGUCCACACAGGGGAGAAACCCUAUAAAUGCGAGGUAUGCGGAAAGGGCUUCAGUCAGAGUUCAUAUCUUCAAAUCCAUCUGAAGGCGCACAGCGUAGAGAAACCUUACAAGUGUGAGGAGUGCGGGCAGGGCUUCAAUCAGAGUUCCCGACUUCAGAUUCACCAGCUGAUCCAUACUGGUGAGAAACCAUACAAAUGUGACGAGUGUGGAAAAGGAUUCAGUCGUAGAGCAGAUCUCAAAAUUCAUUGCAGAAUCCACACAGGAGAGAAACCAUAUAAUUGUGAGGAGUGUGGGAAAGUAUUCAGGCAGGCCUCAAAUCUUCUGGCCCAUCAGAGAGUCCACAGUGGAGAGAAACCAUUCAAAUGUGAAGAGUGUGGGAAGAGUUUCGGUCGCAGUUCACACCUCCAAGCCCAUCAAAAAGUCCACACUGGGGAAAAGCCGUACAAAUGUGAGGAGUGUGGGAAGGGCUUCAAGUGGAGCUUGAAUCUUGACAUGCAUCAGAGGGUCCACACAGGAGAGAAACCGUACAAGUGUGGGGAGUGUGGUAAGCACUUCAGUCAGGCCUCAAGUCUUCAGCUUCAUCAGAGCGUCCACACUGGAGAGAAACCGUACAAAUGUGAUGUGUGUGGUAAGGUCUUCAGUCGCUCUUCACAGCUACAGUCUCACCAGAGAGUUCACACGGGGGAGAAACCUUACAAAUGUGAAGAAUGUGGGAAGGCCUUUGGUCAUCGUUCAAGUCUUUAUCAACAUAAGAAAAUCCAUUCUGGUGAGAAACCAUAUAAAUGUAAACAAUGUGGAAAGGCCUUUGUUCGCAGCUAUCUACUUAUUGAACAUCAGAGAAGUCAUACUGGUGAGAAGCCUCAUGAAUGUAAGGAAUGUGGGAAGGCCUUUAGUAGGGGCUCAAGUCUUUCUCAACAUAAGAGGAUUCAUACCGGUGAAAAACCCUAUGAAUGUAAAGAAUGUGGUAAGGCCUUUAAUCGCAGCGAUCGACUUACUCAACAUCAGAGAAUUCAUACUGGUGUGAAACCACACAAAUGUAAGGAAUGUGGAAAGACCUUUACUCUUUGCUAUCAACUUACUCAACAUCAAAGAUUUCAUAGUGGUGAGAAACUCCUGAUGUAAUGAGAGUCAGAAAGCAUUUAACUUUGGCACCUUUACCAUUACCACUAUUCUACCACCUAGUGAUGUUAUGGUAAAGAUUAAAUUACUUAACAUAAAAUUUAAAUGCUUAGGGAUCAUCUGGCACAUGGUAUUUGCUUACUAAGUAUUGUGGCUUUUUAAAUGAUAAUCACUAUUAUUACUAUACAUAAAUUCAUGUGAAGAAAGACCCUAUAAGCAUAUUUUUAAAAUGUAUCAGGGCUCGUCCAUAU